UGUCACCCAACUGGAUUCUAAAACUUGAAAAAAUCGUCGAGGAUUUGGCUCUCCGUCGGCUAGCCAUGAAAUCAUUGCAAACUACAUUGAUUCACAAAGUCAACUUCGGGAGAGUCAUAAGUAUAACAUUGCGGCAACCACUAAAGAACCAGUACCACUGGAGCACCACCAUGGACAUGAACCAGCCCACCGUUGGAGGGUUGACGGUGGAUGUGGUGAAGGGGGUGGUGUCGCAAGCUUUUCUCGGCAAGUUCACAGCUGUUUUUCCAAAGCUUUUCAAGUGCCAGUGGAAGACUUAUGAAGGUCAGAAGAAGUUUUACGCCAAUUUCAGUACCGACUGCAACGAGAGCAACAUGAGCGGCCGCAAAUUCUGUGUGGGAGGCAACUGGAAGAUGAACGGCGACCAGAAGUCCAUCGCCGACAUCUGCAAGACCCUGAGCUCCGCUCCCUUGGACCCCAACACCGAGGUGGUCAUCGGCUGCCCCGCCAUCUACCUGAUGUACGCCCGCAAUCUGCUGCCCUGCGAGGUGGGUCUGGCCGGCCAGAACGCCUACAAGGUGGAGAAGGGUGCCUUCACCGGUGAGAUCUCGCCCGCCAUGUUGAAGGACAUCGGAGCUGAUUGGGUCAUCCUGGGUCACUCGGAGCGUCGCGCCAUCUUCAAGGAGUCCGAUGAGCUGAUCGCCGAGAAGGCCCAGCACGCCCUGGACCAGGGACUCAAGGUUAUUGCCUGCAUUGGCGAGACCCUGGAGGAGCGCGAGGCCGGCAAGACCAACGAGGUGGUGGCCCGCCAGAUGUGCGCCUACGCCCAGAAGAUCAAGGACUGGCAAAACGUGGUGGUGGCCUACGAGCCCGUCUGGGCCAUUGGCACCGGCAAGACUGCCACUCCCGACCAGGCCCAAGAGGUUCACGCCUUCCUGCGCCAGUGGCUGAGCGACAACAUCUCCAAGGACGUCUCCGCCAGCUUGCGCAUCCAGUACGGUGGCUCGGUUACCGCCGCCAAUGCCAAGGAGCUGGCCAAGAAGCCCGACAUUGAUGGUUUCCUGGUUGGAGGUGCUUCGCUGAAGCCCGAGUUUGUGGAGAUCAUCAAUGCCAGACAGUAAACAAGAAGGCCAACGAACACCACCUGAUGCUAGCGAACUGCCGCACAGCUAGGGAGUAGGACUCCAAUCCAGGAUUAAAAAUGAAAAAAACCAAGGACUCCGACUCCUCGAAAACUGCAUUACGCACACCUCGUUGUUGUCACACAAACACACCCUACACCUCUCACUCACCCCAUAUCGGAGUGUAGUUCUAAAUCCCUAGUUACCUUGCGAGUAAAGCAAAAUAUUAAUACCUGUUGUUAAA